GAUUUCCGGACGGCCAUAUCUUGUGCUUUGUGCGUGGCUGCGUCACUUUGUGUAAACGAGUUGACCGUUGUGGCGUGUAGAAAAAUAGCAAAAUCAAGCAACUACUAAUUUAGUAUUUGUCACACAAUUUACAAAUAUUCUAGUGUUAAAGAAAUGGCAGCAUUGGUCUCUUGUCCAGAUGAGAUUUUAUGUCGCAUUUUCCAAUCGAUUACUUCGAUAUCUGAUUUGCAAAACUUAAUGCUAUCAUGUCGCCGAUUUCUCCAUGUUAUACGUAACUCCAAUAAAUUGUGGCGGCUUAAGCUCACUGUGGUAAAAAAUGUUAGAGAAACUUUGAAGAAAUUGUCACCUUUGUGCUAUCCAAUGGAGGAUCCACCUCUCGCUGUUAUGGAUAAGUUGAUUGUUGGUGACAGCCCAAUGCCUGAAUUUGUUGAAGAAGAGCUUCUGAAUCAAAUAUUUCGACAAAAGACGAAUGAAAAUUUAACAAUUUCGUUUUAUGCUCAUAAAGUUCUGAGAUAUUUAAGGGCUAAGAACCUUGAGAAAAAUUGGGUUUCUUAUAAUUUACAACCAAUUCACAACAGGUCGUUAUUGGAAGGAAUUGUCAUGAUAUCUCAAUGGAUUCAAAUGGAAAAAGAGUGUUUGGUAAGUUUAGAAGAGGUUGAGUAUGCCAUAGGGAACAUAGUUAACAGAGUCAGGCAAAUUGUCAAUGCAAAAAGUAAUGAUUCACAUGCGAAAACUGAUGUGAAUGACCCAGAAGUUGCUAGAAAAUUUUUUGCUGUUAUGAAAGAUGUACUAUAUAAAGAAAUGCAGUUUUCAUGUGUGGAAAUUGGAGAAGACCUAUUCUCAUUUCAAAAUAUGUGUGUUGAAAAGGUACUUCAAGUCAGAUGUGGCCUUUCACUCGUUUUACUUGUAAUUUACCAUGAGAUAGCCAAAAGAAUGGGAAUUCUUUGCGUUCCAGUUUUUUCGUUCGACCGUAUUCUUUUAAGACACACAGGAAGCCCAUCAAAAGUCAUCAACUACACUUUCAUUGAUCCUUCAACUGGAUAUUAUUUUCCUGGAUUUGCUGCAUUUGUUUCUUCUGUACAUGAGAUUGAGAAUGUAUUAACAGAUAUGGUCGAACAUUUCUUAGAAUAUCUAGACAGCGGAUAUUUGGAUAAAGAUGGCAUACACGUUGAUCGCAGACGUGCGCAUAUUUAUCGGUUAGCUUGUGCCAUCAGUAGGUAUCAAGAAAUUUCGUGGAUUACGGAUUACACCGAAAUGUGCGCUAAUCUCCGCAUUCAGUUGGAAGAGACAAUUCAGAUGCUUGAGUGUAAAGGACUUCAGGAUCUUGCCGUUAUGAAAAUAUGCAAACAGAUCUUUAGCGCACAACGUGCCUCCGUUUCCGAGAUUUUUGUUUUUCAUCGACUUCCUUUGAUGAAAUAUGCCGUAGGACUCGUAAUGAAAUAUAAAGGGAAAGAAGAUUUUCCUCAAUUGGGCGUUAUAAACUUGUCGGGAAUGACGCGAGAAGAUAUUAAUAGCGGGAACAUUGUACCAUAUUAUUGUGUGUUGUUCGACGGCGGGCAGGAUUGUUGUUGGGUUCCUGAAGACGAUUUGGAGCUCCUUCCUGGUGGUGCUGUUAUCAAACACUCGCAAAUUGGUUUGCAUUUUGAACGCUUCGAUGGCCGCCGAUAUGUUUUGAAUGCCACUACGAAUGCCUUAAAUCCAGGCAAUGAGGAGUUUGUCCUUACAUUACUAGGGUUUUGCGAUUUCGCGCGAUUGGUGCAUAAUUUAUGUUUGAAAAAUUCUGCCACUUAAAAGUCUGAAGAAAUUGAAAAUUCAAUAUGUUUAUGUUUUUUUUUGUUAUAUUGAAUUCUUUCUCGUUUUUUUUAAUUCGAAUAAUCGUUUGACAACCAAUAUCGAGGCCAACAUGUUUGAUACCCUUCGUCCUUCGAGUUUGUUUGUUCAAGAAAUAAGGGAAAGACUGAAAGAGCCGCCAUUAAACCGUUCUUAUAAUUUCUGAAUAAACCAUUGGUCGGUUUAAAACCCGGAAAAUUUCCCUAUUCCA